AUGCUCCCAUCUAUCCUACCAGUCGCGCUUCUUGCUCUCCGGGGCGCAAGCUUUAUUCUCGCAGGGCCGGAUAACGACGAAAACGAAUUCGUCUUCUACAUCGGAGACUAUAAGGACGCAGCGCAAGACUGGGCUAACGAACGACUCGACAUCCCUACCAUCACCCUUUGGGACACGGACAGGCAACUCGCAGACGACACUACUCCCUGGUUCGACGAAAUCGCGGCGCGAACCCUAUGGGUUAAGCAGUACACUAAGCUGGCGCGCGGCACGGCGUGGUUUUACUGGAAGGAUGCCGAUAAGGUCCCGCCUGGGACAGGAAGCUGGUACUUCGAUCUUGAAGAGCCGAUUCAGAUCAUGCCGGUGGAUCUGAGGGAUUAUAAGGGCAAGCAGUGCGCAUGGCAUGGCGAGGCUCCCAAGUGCGAACACGCAAAGUGCCCGGAUGGAACCAAGAAGAUCACCGAGAGUAAGUACGGUGAUAACCCGAAUGAGAGGUGUGAGGGUGAUGACCGCAAGGUCUUUUGCUGCAAAGAGUAA